AUGCCACGAAAUGCGUACCCCGCCCCCCUAGUCAUCCCACCGUUGGGUGAAGAGCAUACACACACUAUUAUUUCGCUCCAUGGAAAAGGCAGUAAUGCUAAACGCUUCGGACAUGUACUUCUUGCCGAUGCGAACCUGCAAGCUCGACUUCCCACGGUGAAAUUUGUCUUUCCAACUGCAAGUAAGCGGCGGGCAACGAGGUUCAAAAAGAUGGCCAUCAAUCAAUGGUUUGACAACUACUCAAUUGAGGAUCCGGGAGAGAGAACAGACUUACAAGUCGAAGGUCUCUGUGAGACUGCUCAAUUUAUUCGUGGUUUAAUUAGCGAAGAGGUUCGCAUCUUGGGUGUGGGUGGCCAUCGAAAGCUCAUCCUAUGGGGACUAAGUCAAGGCUGUGCUGCAGGUGUAUUCACCCUGCUGGGUGGCUGGCUCGACGCCAGUGAAACAAGUACUAUUGGAGCAUUUGUUGGGAUGAGUGGAUGGCUGCCCUUUGAGCAGCAAUUGCACAAAAUUCUCCGAUGCGAUGACAUUCCUGCGUCGACUAAAGACGGCAAGGAAACUCGAUACGAUGAUACCUCAGACUCGGACUCAGAAGAUGAAGAUGAAGUUAAAGACGCGGCUAGGCAACAGUCCAACAGUGAUGAGUCAGACGCAGAGCCAGAUGCUUUUUCGAUAUCUGACUUGGAUGACGAUCUAUUCAAAAGAAGCAGCCCUUCGCAUGAUGAUUUCAAUCCCUUUGCCGACGACGAGGAAGAAGCCUCAAUGCUUUUCCACGCCAUCAGCCAUGUUCGGGAUAUUCUUGAUCUUCCAAUGAGCUCAACAGAGCAGCCGCAACCACAAUUAAGCUUCCAGCAUCUUCAGAUGCCUGUCUUUGUUGGCCACGGCUCCGAAGACCCAAAGGUUUCUGUGGAACUAGGCAGAAAGAUGUCUCAUGUUCUUUCAGCCGGUUUUGGGAUGGAUGUGACUUGGAAGGCAUAUGAGGGACUGGGACAUUGGUAUCGUGUGGAGGACGAGAUUGAGGAUAUCUUGAGAUUUCUUCAGGAUAGAGCCGACCUGCCAGUGAAACAGCUGCCAUCCCAGGAUGAACGCGAGUAA